AUGGAGAACCACGCAACCUAUCCUGCGCUUGCACCAUUCCUGCCAAAAUACAGCCCCGCGGCCCAAGGCGCCGCCUUUCAGGCCUACAACGAUCUCCUGCUCUCCCAGCGCUGGGCCGACCUUCAGAUCCGCGAUCUUCCAGCAUGCGCCCGCUGCAUCUUUGAAGGCAUACCACCAAAUAGCCCGGAUAACGCGCGUGCGACGGUCUUACCAUGCUCGCUGGCAGAGACCAUCUCACUCGCGUGGCUCGACAAGGCAUUCGAAAGCGUUGGACGACCGGAGAAGUUGUACCUGGCAAUUGUAUCGGACGACUCGUCGGUGGUGUACUACAAGUUGACUGCUGGAAUCAACAAGCCUCCGGUUUAA